UUGUGCCUCAAUGAGUCACAUAUGUAGAAGACCUAAAAUGAUUUAUCAUGGUCUCGUUUUUUACAUCACAGAAACCCGCUUUUUAACUGGGCUGUGUAAACUUUUCAUAUUUACUGUAAACAUAAAUGAAGAAUAUGCAGAGAUACAUUUUUGUGGCACACAAUGUGAGACAGAUACCAAUCUACAUAUAGUGAAAGCCCAUAAUUAACCACACAUUAAUUCAUAUGUAAUAUUAAUUAGUUCACCUGGUCAGAGAGAAAUCAUCUCUCUUUAUUUCUCUGAUAUUACCACAGUUGCAGCCUGUAGGGGGCGCCACACAAUGCUCCAUCUGUAUUAAAGCGCUGCAUCACCCGAUAAUUUAGUCCAUAAACAGUCGGUCCUGUCGGCCUGCACCAUGGGCUGCCGGGCAGAUCCAGCCUGGCCUCUCCGCCUCACUGCGCUCUCCACCCGGACACUGAGAGCGCUCCGACCCGGAGCCUCCGCUGCAGUCUGGACCAGGAAGAACCUGAACGUCCAAGCGGCCAGGGAGCAGGAGGGGAAGCUGAAGAGCGUCGCUGAUCUGCCGGGACCCAGCUGGUCCACCACUCUGUACUGGCUGUUCGUCCAAGGAUACGCUGACAGGGGCCACUUACUGCAGUGUUUACAGAAGAGUCUAUAUGGGCCCAUCUGGCGCUCCAGGUUCGGGCCCUUUGACAUGGUCAACGUAGCAUCUCCAGAGCUCAUAGCUCAGGUCAUCCAGCAGGAAGGCCGCUACCCGGUCCGGAUCGAGCUGCCUCACUGGAAGGAGUACAGGGACCUGAGGGGACAGGCGUACGGGCUGCAUGUGGAUACAGGACCAGAGUGGUACCGGAUCCGCAGCGUCCUGAACCCCAAGAUGCUGAAGCUGCGGGAGGUGUCGGCCUUCGCCCCCAUCAUCCACCAGGUGGUCGGAGAUCUACUGGGACGGGUCGAGCUUCUUCGCAGCCGCAGUCAGGACCAGGCCACGGUUUCUGACCUGGCAGCUGAGCUCUACAAGUUUGGCUUUGAAGGUAUUUCAGCCAUCCUGUUUGAGACCAGGCUGGGCUGCCUGCAGGAGGAGAUUCCUGAGGACACUCUGCGCUUCAUAACUGCCGUCAACAACAUGCUGACGCUGUCCGACGUUGUCAUCCUGUUGCCACGCUGGAGCCGCGGCAUCCUCCCCUUCUGGAGGCGCUUCGUCCAGGCCUGGGACGACCUUUAUGAUGUAGCUCAGAAACUCAUUGACAGAAGAAUGGCUGAACUCAAAGCUCAGGUGUGCAGCGGUGAGCCUGCAGAGGGAAUGUACCUGACAUACCUGCUGUCAUCUGACAAGCUGAGCAGAGCUGAAGUCUACAUCAGUGUGACGGAGCUGAUGCUGGGAGGGGUUGACACGACGUCCAACACCUUGUCCUGGGCGUUGUACCGUUUAGCAAGGGACCACAGGGUUCAGGACCACCUGUACAGAGAAGUAGACUCUGCCUGUCCUGACAAACAGCAGCCCACCACAGACGACCUGAGCAGGAUGCCCUACCUGAAGGCGGUCAUUAAGGAGACGUUACGCCUGUAUCCUGUGGUGCACGGAAAUGGACGCUUCGUCUCAGAGAAUGAGGUGGUUGUGGACAACUACUGGUUCCCCAAGAAGACUCAGUUCCACCUGUGUCACUAUGCAGCCUCUCACGAUGAAGCAGAGUUUGCGAACGCAGAGGAAUUCAUCCCAGAGCGCUGGCUGAAUGUGGAGCCUCCCAAGAGCCACGGUGGCAGAGCCAAUCCCGGCUUCUACCAGCACCACCCAUACAGCUUCAUCCCGUUUGGAGUCGGGGUGCGGGCCUGCGUGGGGAAGAGGCUGGCAGAGAUGGAGAUGCAUUUCGCUCUGUCUAGGCUGAUCCAACAUUACAAGGUGGAGCCUGAAGACGGAGCGCCGGUCGUGGAGCCAAAAACUCGAACUCUGCUCAUCCCUUCAAAACCCAUCAACCUGCGAUUUCUGCCCAGAACCUGAAGGUGGCAGCACUGACAGUCAGCAGUAAAAACACCUUUCUUCAGGUGUCUUAAAAUAAAACGUUUUUCCAUAUUCCACCAGGUGAUGUUAUAGACUGAUUAAAGGUUGGGAAGCUGUUCCUCAUGGAGAUUUGAAAUAUUCCCCUCCUAUAACACACCUGAUUAAAAUAAGUGGGUCAUGUGUUUAAAACCUGCAGGUUAGUGGCACCUGAGGGCCAAAGUUUGAAAUCUCCUGGAGAUUAAUACAGAACACAUUUAAUAAUAAAGAGACAAAAAUGUGAUUUUAAGGAAAUUAUCUAGUUUGUCCUACAAAUUAAUAUAUUAAAGGAAUGCUUACAUUGCAGUGAGCAUUUCUUAUAAUUACAUUUUAUUGCAUCCAUUUUAACUGCUGAGUCAUACAUUUAGGUUAAUUGAGCUAAAUGCACAGAUUUACUCGUACUCGUACUCGUCGUCUUCCGCUUAUCCGGGACCGGGUCGCGGGGGCAGCAGACUCGGCAGAGACGCCCAGACGUCCCUCUCCCCAGACACCUCCUCCAGUUCCUCCAGGGGGAG